AUGGUGGACCGCCCGAAGCCAGGAGUUUGCUUUGCCAGCGAGACAGCUCUGACACUCUCGUGCGGCUGGGUAGCUCGUGGGAUUGUUGAUCGUCUCGGGCUGAGUAACGCUCUCAGCCCUUGUUGUGCCCACCAUCGGGGCCAAGCUCUCUGCGAGAUGCUUGAGCGCAUCUUCACGGAAGAGCCGUACUGA